CGAGUGCCUUGGUUACAACUGACACAAAAGGCGCCCAUACCAACAGGUGCAAUCAACAGGUGUUUUCAUUAAUUAACACAGAGACGAGCGCCAGAUGAAAGGACCCCGUGUUAGCAGAGCUGAGAUUAACCGAGAUAUUUGGCUUAAGAGGAGCAGGCCGCUUCUGGAUUUCUAAUCUCUCGCGAAACGAAGCUUUUCGAGAUGAGCGCCCACGUAUUCCCGCCGGCGCCGAUGACGCGCCAGCAGGAGAAGGCAGAGCUGCAGCACCUGAACGACAGGGUGCAGAACUACAUCGGCAAAGUCCGCAAGAUGCGAGAAGAAGCCAACAACAUUGAUUCUUCGGCACUUCUGAACGCCAUGCGCGUCUUGGAGGAUGAGGUGUCGGCCAUCAAAGGCCUCUACGAGAAGGAGUUGGCCAACGAGCGGCGGAAGGUCGAAGACGAAAUGGCCGGGAGGAGCCAAGCCGAGGUCCAGGCACACCGCAACAAACAGCUGGCCAAUGACCUUCAAGACAGGUUAUCUGUGGAGAACCAGCGGAGCCGAGCCCUGGCCGACGAAAUCGCGGCCCUGCAGAGGCUCUGCAGCCAAAAGGACGGUGACCUCCAGCAGGCAAGGGCCAAGGGUGAAGACCUGACCCGGAAGCUGAGAGACAUCGAGGAUGAUCACGCCGCCUUGCAGCACCACUCGGCUGACCUGCAGAGGAGGCUGGACCAGGAAACGGCCAUGAGACUCGAAGCUCAGGAUGUCCAAAAGUCCCUCAGGAACAAGAUUGACUUCCAAGACCAGCUGCACGCCCAGGAAUUGAGCGAGAGCAGGAAUCGACUGGACGAGAAGGCCAACCACAUCUUGCAGCUGGAGGCCAAGAUUCGCGAGCUGAGCAAGCCGGACAACUCGCUGCACGAGGCGCUGCAGAAGGUCCGCGACGCGGCCACCGCCGAACUCCUCAAGUACAAGGAGGAAUCCGAAGCCGCUUACCAGAAAAAUUUGCAAGAAUUGCAGGAUCAGAUGAGCCGGGAUGCCAACAACAUUGACAGAUUGUCAUCGAGCAACAAGCAGCUCGCUGGCCAGAUUGAAGACCUCAAGAACCAGAUACAUUCGCUGCAAACCAAGCUCGUAUCUACUGAGCAGCAGAACCGCAACCUGACGGACCGGAUGACCCAAGAGAGGGAGGGGUCGGCCGCCCACAUCCGGGCCCUGGAGGGCAAACUCUGCGACAUGCAAGACAGCCUGGUGCAGAAGAUGCGGGAGAUCACCUUGGCAACAGACGCCAAGCAACCGAUCCGGGCGGAGAUUGAAGCGCUGAGAACGUUAGUCGAGGAUGAGGAGCGAAAACUAAUGAAUAUCACCGGCGACCCCAUACGUCGCCCGAUAUCCCUGCCUGCUGCCCUGCGCUCCAACACUCCGGCGAUGGCCUCGCGCAGCUCGACAGUUCCGAGGUCCACCUCACCAAUGAAAGGAUACGACAAUACAACGGGGCUGUCUUCGAGUGUAACACAGCUAAGUCCAAGAGCUACCAGGCGGCCGGCAUCCGUUCCCGUCUCCACCAUGGGGCAAGGCAAGGACUACUUUGACUCCAUGUUUGGGGACCUCCAGAAGAGUGCCAGUAUCUACCCCCGCCUUCAUCCCAAGUCCAGCCCCCCUGUGAGGCUGGCGUCCACCACCCACGAUUACACGACUGCGACAUCAAGCUCUACGGGCGCAAUCAAAAUCCUGGAGGUGAACGAAGACGGUCGCUUCGUCCGUCUCUUCAACACUUCACCACGAGACGAUCUGGAGAUCGGAGGCUACAUGAUCCAGCAGAACAUUGGCGGGCAUCCGGUGGCCGUCUAUCGUUUCCCCCCACGGACUCGCUUCAGGGCUGGCUCAACUAUAACGAUCUGGUCUGCUUCCAGUCUGGCCCAGCACAACCCGCCCACAGAUUUUCUUUGGAAGGAGCAGAACAAGUGGGGCACCGGACCGGAAUGCACCUCCAUACUGUGCAAGCCGAAUGGCCAGGCCAUUGCAUGGACCACGGCUGCGCACCGCUUCACCAAGACGGCCAAGAGCUUCGACGCGGCCAGCGAGAGCUCCGGAAGCCAAUUAGGCGACACCCACGAUGAGGAUCUCGGGGAGUCGCAACCUCAUCCCGAGAUAGAGGUUGAGAUUGAUGGGCGACCAGUGACUGCACUGAAGAGAGAAAGAGAGGAGCGUCCAUCUUUGUCACCGCCAAAGCACCCUACUGGCCAGUACCCGGGCUCACCAACGCACCCCAGCACGGGUCAGCCGCGCGUCAAGACCCUGGGCAACGACAACAGCAGCUUGUGCCGGCAGACGCGCUCCCAGAACUCCAAACCGGUCCCCGAUGUAGUUGGAGGUGUUCUCUAUGCAGGUUCUAGUGCCGGAGCGAGUCGUACAGGGGCGGCACAGCUCAGAAAGCCGAUGAGAACAACCCCCACCAAAGGAAUGACAGGUGGAUCCAUUCGCUUCAGCGCCCAACCGAGCCCCUUCAUGUCCCCCCACCAGGAGCACUUUGCCAACUUGAACUCCAUCAACGCCAGCCAGCGGGUCAGCUUCCAACCUCCCCUGCCCCGCCCACCAGUGAUCUCGUCUUGGUAAAGCGAUGAAUAUGUAUGAAAUACAGACUUGGCCAUACCCACCUUUUAGUUCAUUGAAUGUAGAUAUUAAGGUCUGACCAGUAUCUUGGGCAGCUGUUUUUUUAUCAUGGUAAUUGGUUGAUGAUUAUGCAUACUUGCAACUUUGUGCCACUCCCACCUAGGAGUUCAUCGCGGUAGUAUGGUAAUAAUCAUUGAAUAUGCAAAUUUAUGGGUCACACCCACUCAUGUUUUCAUUGUUAGUGUCAUGAAUAUGCAAUUUAAAGUAUUUCAAUUCCAUCUUACCUCUCUUUCAUUUGAGUAUAGUGACGAUAAAUUUGACUAACUUCCAAAGUUACCACUGCCACCGUUGCGAACUGCCCGGUAUUCUUGGCCAAAUUACGCCAGGGUGCACAAAAUUCCAUCAUGCUAAUUGGGAUCAUGAAUAUGCAUUGUAGUGACUGAAUUUGUGUGAAACGCUUUUGUAUGAUGCCACCACCAAAGAGUGAUAUUCUGAUUAUGCAAUUUGUCAAGCACCGUCAAGCCGGAUCACGCACAGACUGAUGACAUGAAAAUGCACUUUUUCCAUCGGUCACGCACUCUGUACAACUAGUCUUCCAAUUCUGUGUGUCCACCUUCAGGCAUCUGUAUUUGACGGACGGACGGAGUUUGGAGUAGAUGAAAUAUGAUCAUUCCCAGCCAAACCAAAAACAAACAACGAACAUUCCUUUGGUAUUAAGUCUUUAGCUUUCUGAUUGGAGACGACAGAGUAAAGUAUUUUGAGACACGUCAUCACUCAUUCUUGUCUUGAUGUUUCUCUCUCGUUAUCUGAAUCGAGUUUUGUUCAACUGUACGACGUGGAGUUUGUAGUGAAUAUAUGUAGAGUCCAGCUCGGUAAAUAGGAGUAGUCAUAAGACAAGAUCAAAGUUUUACAAGAGAAGGAAAUUUUGAUAAUGGCUUUCCUAGCUCUGAAUUUUCUUUCUUGUAUUUUCUAUGCCUUUUUUCUGUGGUGGAACAGGUCCAGAUGCCCUAUGCACCCAUGUUCUGUAGGCCCUAGGCAGCAGUCUGUGAAGAUCCUAGGUACCAGUGUUCCAUAGGUCCUAGGCAUCAUUGUUCCAUAGGUCCUAGGCACCAGUGUUCCAUAGGCCGCAGGCACCAGUGUUCCAUAUGUCCUAGGCACCAGUAUUCCAUAGGUCCUAGGCACCAGUGUUCCAUAGGUCCUAGGCACCAGUGUUCCAUAGGUCCUAAGCACCAAUAAUUGUUCCAUAGGCCCCAGGUAUCAGUUUUCCAAAGGCCCCAGGCACCAGUGUCCCAUUGGUCCUAGGCAUUAGUGUUCCGUAGGUCCAAGGCAUCAGUUUUCGGAAGGUCCUAGGCACCAUUCCAUAGGCCCCAGGCACCAGUGUCCCUACUCCACUCAAACCAAUUGUGCCAAUUUCACAGUGCUGGAGUCACAUUUAUUGUUGAUGCAAAGCUGUACUAAUAAGCUACCAGCUAGUUUGAAGCUUUCCAGAUUUGAACUUUCAAAGAGAGAAGCACGGUGUUGUAUUUUCAAAGGCCCUCAAUUUCUUUUCUAGGCCCCAAAUUUGUCAAAGUCUCUGGCCACAGUUCAUGAACGUUUCAGAGGAACUUCCUAGCUCCUUAAAACUUGUUUCAAAACUAAUGUGAAUGUAGUUUUUUUCCGGUCCCCAUUCACAUUACAGUUUGUGAAAUAUCCACCUGCAUUCAGUUUUUUCCCGACACCAAACAAAGAUCCAGUUUCAUCCAGAAUUGUUUGACUGAUACAGUUCUGGCAAAUUUUGCCCCAGCAAGUCUUUGCCGGAUUCGUGUUACCGACAGCCAUUUUUGCUUCUAGAAGAUGUGCCUGUUCAAGUUGUUACAAGCAAAGUUGACGCCCAGCCAACCCCCACCGCACAUGUACUCUUUCCAUAAUCGGCACUCCAACAGUUGUAAAUUUGUUGGCACCGAAAAUGUUGCGGAGACAGAGAAGCGUCCACACAACUCGUUCCUAAUUCACCCAGCCAAAGAAAUUGGGGGGACGGGGUGGAGGCCUGCCUACAGGAGCAUCCUCACUCCCACCUCUGAAAAUCGAAACGCACAAAGAAAAAAAAAAAUCCAGAGAGCUAAACCCAGAAAAAAAAAACCAAAGACCAGAAAAAAUAUAACAAGAAGAAAAUCUUAAUCUAGACCAAUGGCUUCCCUGAACUUCUGGACGUAAGAAACAAAAGCCCUGGGGAAAAAAGGUUCAUCACUGCGGCAUUUCCAAUGCCAUCCUUGGACCAGAAACUAGAAUUCUUUUGCAAGUGGCCCUCAACGGGACAUGGAGUGUGACCAGGAUUGUAAUAGUUCACAGUCGUGUACAUGUAUGCGUUCAUUUUGAACAUGAGCAGGGUACUGUGCAAACAAUAGAAGUGUCUUUCAUGUUUAUGAUGUGGGAAAUGUGGACUGUAUUCUUGUGUCAGCCAUCUUGAAAUAGAAGUGAGGUUAACUUUUCAUGUUCAGAACCUGAGAGUGAAAAAAAGGCAACAAAGGAAAAUAUUAUUAGAAAUGAAUGCCAGUUAACAGUUAUACAAACUUUUAGAAUUUGUGAUAAAUUUUAUCUCUUGUAAGCCACAUUUAAAAAUGCUGAAAGUGUACCCAAAAGAGUGUGGCACCACACCACGGAAUAGAUUACACUGAAUUUGAUAGAUUCAGGGAACACAAUCUAACAUGACUCCCCCGUGCCAAUAAAGGUGAAACACAUCGAUUGAUUUAUGACAAGCAUGCACGACUAGGCACGUGCACAGCACCACGUGGAAAGGCAAUCUCUCGAAGGGAUAAUUUUUCUUAAUAGACAUAACUUGUUGAAAAUGCACUGGCUGAAAUGUUGUCGUUUCUCAAGGGAAGACCGAGUAACUGUCUGAUGAUUCAUUUACUGCCACGAAGUUGGCAAAUGGGCGUCGCUUUUGUUUACAUUAUCGCUGUUUUUGGUAGCAGUGAACCGCCCGAACAUGUUUCGUUUUCGUCGAAGGGCUCAUUCGGUAAAUGUUUCAUUACGCAGACCGUUGAUGUUUUGCGCGCGAAGGUCCUUUUUUCCCCAAUGCAGAAUUAUCUCGCAACAAAAUCGGUGAUGAGGUUCGUGUUCCGUGUACAACAGCCCCAAUUCCUGCGCCGUCAACAACCCUCGAAAUUCCUCUUAAUGUUUGGACUGACUGGAGCGAAGUCCAUUCGACCAAGAGCGUGCUGGUAGAAAAGAAAAUACUUUUUUUUUCUGUUGAUCGUUACCACGGCGAGGCUGAGAAUUGGAGAAACACACCCGACACAUAGCCACCCGUUAGGUUCAUGAACACGGGCCAAAGCUCACAGAACAUUCGUGAGUGCAAACAAGAUUUGAACUGUGUUUGCUCACAGAGCAAGGAAGCAUACUCUAUUCUUUGUCCACACAUUCUCGGAAAUAUUCGCUGUAUACUGUGGUGAAAUUUACAAUUAGAUUUGAUCUAAUGAAACGUAUUCUAGCAUUGAAUGUCGCUGUGCACUUACGGAAAAAAGGACAUUCUUUGCUCCGUUGGUUCAUGUUGAUGAACAUCAGUUGAAAUGGCCACUUUGUAUAGGCUUAUAGAGGGUUUGCACGGAUGCCAUGUUGCAGGUCUGUGCUUUUGUUCCACAUGGUAUGCACAAAGGAGGUUUUCCCUUGGAACAAAAGAACUGCCCUGCAAGAUGGCUACCGUGCAAAGCCUCCAUACCUACAGUAAGUAAGUCCUGGUUUAAUUCCCACAGGUACAUGAAUUGGGUUUUUUUUUUUGCAUAGUGUGAAUUCAGGAAGAAAUUUACAGGCAAGUUUCCUUAUAUGAAGAGAGAAUUUCGAGGAAAACUGUUCGAUAUCCAACAGUAACUCCGUAUUCUUUGCACAUUUUAGGCGCGUUAUGUAAACAUGCGUAAAGGCGCAAUGGGGGACGAAACUUGCACGUUGGGGGGGGGACUUUUUUUAUCUGUUAUGGCCUCUUUUGAGGGUUGAGGAAACAUUUGGAGGCUUUUUACAUGCUCUUUGAAGGAAAGCUGGGGCACUUUUUCGGGGGCGUGGCCCCUUUGCCCCUGACUCGUCCAUCCAUGUUCCCUUGAGUGUGUGUGCCACAAAAAUCAAGUCGAAACAUGAAUUUCACCGCAAUCGUUUGUACACUGACUACCAUCUCAAAAUACUUCUUCUGCGGUUUUGCGAAAUGAAGCAACACCCGUCAGAAUGCCGUUGCAAUUCUACUGGAGGGGAAAAAAGAGUUUAUCAUAUUCUGUCCCUUUUUCACCGUCCAAACCUGAGCAGUUGAACAGGGAAACGUUAGCAGAGACAGUGUCCUGACGGAAGCCGUGACGCAGCCGAAGUCAGGAGGUUAGCGCGUGGAAUGCAAACACAGGACGGCCCGAUCUCGUCCAUCGGGCCGCGGCCGCGCUGCGUGUUUAUUUGCCUAGUUGGCUAGCGAGGCGAAGGGCCGCUUGAUUUAUGGACUCGCAUUAUGUGAUAUUUCGUGUAUAGGCCUAUUCCUUCGCCGGCUGGGAGAGGUAAAAAAAAAAAAGAAAAAUGGCAUUAUGUUUAGCGUCCCUGCGUGCUUCCUUUUUGGAGGCCCAGAAAAUUUUGUUUUUACCUCAUGAAAAAAA